GGCUCGUGCCUGGGCCGGAUCCCGGCUGUCUGAGGGGCGCGGAGACCUGCGGGAGGGACACGGCCGCAGCAUGGCGGCCGGCAGCGCACCGCCCUGCCCUCCGCCCUUCUGUCGCAGCCGCUUGGAACCUGUGGUCCGCGAGUGCUUGCUGUGAGCCUGCCGCGCGUCAGCCCACCCCUCCCCGGUCCGCCCGCCCUCCUUCCCUUGUCGCCUCUGCCAGCCCGGAGGGCGGCCGGGCGCACCGCGCCCACCCACCGGGGCCCUGGGACCAUGGAGGACGUGAAACUGGAGUUCCCCUCGCUCCCGCAGUGCAAAGACGACGCCGAGGAGUGGACUUACCCUAUGAGACGAGAGAUGCAGGAAGUUUUGCCUGGAUUGUUCUUAGGCCCAUACUCUUCUGCUAUGAAAAGCAAGCUACCUAUACUUCAGAAACAUGGCAUAACUCAUAUAAUUUGCAUACGGCAAAAUAUUGAAGCAAACUUUAUUAAACCAAACUUUCAACAAUUAUUUAGAUAUUUAGUUUUGGAUAUUGCUGAUAAUCCAGUUGAAAACAUAAUACGUUUUUUCCCUAUGACUAAAGAGUUUAUUGAUGGAAGCUUACAAAAUGGAGGAAAAGUUCUUGUCCAUGGGAAUGCAGGUAUCUCUAGAAGUGCUGCCUUUGUCAUUGCAUACAUCAUGGAGACAUUUGGGAUGAAGUACAGAGAUGCAUUUGCUUAUGUACAAGAAAGGAGAUUUUGUAUUAAUCCUAAUGCUGGAUUUGUCCACCAACUUCAGGAAUAUGAAGCCAUCUACUUAGCAAAAUUAACAAUACAGAUGAUGUCACCACUCCAAAUAGAAAGGUCCUUAUCUGUUCAUUCUGGUACCACAGGUAGUGUGAAGAGAACACAUGAAGAAGAUGAUGACUUUGGAAACAUGCAAGUGGCAACCGCACAGAACGGCUGACCUGUGAGGACUGUUAAUUGCACAGGAUGGCUGACCUGUGAGGACUGUUACAUGUGUGUGAGCUUCCAUCUGGAAAGGAGAGGAUUCUAGUGAUGAUAAUGUGAAAUGGUAAACACAAGAAAUACUUUCUUUUCAAUUAUACAUUGCUUCCAGACAUGUUUCUCUGCAACACUUUAAGAUGUUGGACUUAUGCAGUAGAUGGCACUGAUGGGUGAUGGGUUUACUUAAAAAAAAAAAAAAAGAAAAAAGAAAAAAGAAAAAGAAAAAAAGAAACAAAAAAAACCUUUAUGGUUUUAUUAUAAACCAAGAAUUUUGGACUUGUAAAGAGGUAUUAUUGCAAUAAUGCACUUUUCAUACUUGAAAUUUAUUUGUAUGAUAUAAAGUUAUUACUUUAAACAAAAUACAAGUUAGGGGGAUUUGUUUAUAGAUUUUGGAUAAUUUAUAACAAACAAAUUUCCUAAUGUUUCCUAAAAAACUCAUUUUGUGUUAUAUAUAUAUUACAUUUAAAGUAAUUUUACAGUUCAAUUUUAUGAUGAAGCCUCUUACAGUAACAUUAACAAAAUGUCGAACUUGUCCACAUUUUUUAGUAUAAUUCAGUAACUUGAUUACCAUUUUUUUAAACUUCUUGGUCCCGUAUCUUUAAAUCAUGACUUUAGCCAACUAGCCUACUUUACUAAUUUAAUACAGUUAAUACUUCCUUUCUAAUUGCCUCCCUUAUUCUAAAUGAGAAAAGUUGAAAUGAUCAAAGAAAGAGGUCUUACUUUCUAAAACCAGAUACUCAGAAAAAUAAGGAUAGUGUUAUAUUUUCCACAUGACUUUUUUCUCUUUGCUGUUUAAGCCAAAUGUAGACUUGGUCUUUUCAGAGUUGCCUAGCUCUUCUAACUUUUGUCCAAAAUGGUUCAAAGUAGACCAAACAAAUGUAGCACUGUUUCUUCAAUAUGAAACCCCCAAAAGAAAAGUGCCUUGUAUCAACAAACAAGCAAAUCCUCAUAACUUCUAAAUUAGUAUAUAAAGCAGUGAACAGCUAUUAACGUUUUUCUGUAAUUUCUUGUUUUAAAACCAUAAAUUAAAUCUGAUGCUUGAGGAAAGUAAAUUGUUUGGAAUGAGACACUUACUUUAUUAUCUGUUGUAUUACUUCUCUGAAGUUCAGCUGACAGCUUUGCUUUGAAGAUGUAUCUAUUGGGGAAAGCAAUUGUGGGUGGCUUCAGUGUAUUGUAAAUUACUGUUUUAACUUGUUCCUAAAUUAACUCAAAUUUAUACCAUAAUUUGCAUUAGCAAAAUCAUUUUAUGGCUCUUUAGUUUUCCAUGUUUUUAUCUAUAUGUAUAAAAGUUGUUCUACAAAAAAACAUUUAACUACUGUAAAUGUGA